GUUUUGGAGGUAGCCCAGCAUUUGGGUGAGAGCACAGUAAGGACAAUUGCUAUGGAUGGUACAGAAGGCUUGGUUAGAGGCCAGAAAGUCCUGGAUUCUGGGGCACCAAUAAAAAUUCCUGUUGGUCCUGAGACAUUGGGCAGAAUCAUGAAUGUCAUUGGAGAGCCUAUUGAUGAGAGAGAUCCCAUCAAAACUAAACAAUUUGCUCCCAUUCAUGCUGAGGCUCCUGAGUUCGUGGAAAUUAGUGUGGAGCAGGAAAUUCUGGUGACUGGAAUCAAGGUGGUGGAUCUGCUAGCUCCUUAUGCCAAAGGUGGCAAAAUCGGGCUCUUUGGUGGUGUUAGAGUUGGCAAGACUGUGCUGAUCAUGGAGUUAAUCAACAAUGUCGCCAAAGCUCAUGGUGGUUACUCUGUGUUUGCUGGUGUUGGUGAGAGGACUCACGAGGGCAAUGACUUAUACCAUGAAAUGAUUGAGUCUGGUGUUAUCAACUUAAAAGAUGCUACUUCCAAGGCAGCACUGGUGUACGGUCAAAUGAAUGAGCCACCUGGUGCUCAUGCCCAAGUAGCUCUGACUGGACUGACUGUGGCUGAAUACUUCAGAGACCAAGGAGGUCAAGAUGUACUGUUGUUUAUUGAUAAUAUCUUCCACUUCACUCAGGCUGGCUCAGAAGUGUCUGCCUUACUGGGCAGACUCCCCUCUGCUGUGGGCUAUCAGCCUACCCUGGCCACUGACAUGGGUACUAUGCAGGAAAGAAUCACCACCACCAAGAAGGGCUCUAUCACCUCUGUGCAGGCUAUCUAUGUGCCUUCUGAUGACUUGACUGAUCCCACUCCUGACACGACCUUUGCCCACUUGGAUGCAACCACUGUACUGUCUCAUGCUAUUGCUGAGCUGGGCAUCUAUCCUGCUGUGGAUCCUUUGGACUCCACCUCCUGCAUCAUGGAUCCCAACAUUGUGGGCGCUGAGCAUUAUGACGGUGCCCGUGGGGUGCAAAAGAUCCUGCAGGACUACAAAUCCCUCCAGGACAUCAUUGCCGUCCUAGGUAUGGAUGAACUGUCUGAGGAAGACAAGCUGACUGUGUCUCGUGCACGGAAAAUACAGCGUUUCUUAUCUCAGCCAUUCCACAUUGCUGAGGUUUUCACAGGUCAUAUGGGGAAGCUGGUACCCCUGAAGGAGUCUAUCAAAGGAUUCCAGCAGAUCUUGGCAGGUGAAUAUGACCAUCUCCCAGAACAGGCCUUCUAUAUGGUGGGACCCAUUGAAGAAGCUGUGGCAAAAACUGAUAAGCUGGCGGAAGAGCAUGCAUCGUGAGGGGUUCUUUGGCAAAACUAAGCAAGCACUCAUCAUCUUGUAAUGCCCCUCCUUGCCCCAAAUUCAAAAAGCUUCAGUUUUCUGUUGGCUGUUCAAAGCCUUGAUUAAAGGAGGCAUGUUCUAUUGAAAGAGUAUUUAAGGUUUCCAAUAAAAUGUAAAGCCUUCAAAAAAUAAAAAUAAAA